AUGCGUUUCUCGUCGUUCGUUUCGUCUGUGUCCGUCUCUGCGCUCUUGCUUGCUUCGAGCGUCCUCGCCGACGAUGCCUCGGACGUCAUUGAUUUGACUUCGUCCAACUUUAAGUCGGUCGUCGACCAUGAGCCGCUCAUGCUCGUAGAGUUCUUCGCACCCUGGUGUGGACACUGCAAGGCUCUUGCUCCUCACUAUGAAGAGGCUGCCACUUCACUGAAGGAGAAGAACGUGAAGCUCGCAAAGGUCAACUGCGUUGACGAAGCAGACCUCUGCCAAUCCCACGGCGUUCAGGGAUACCCCACUCUGAAAGUCUUCCGGAGCGGUGAAGCCACAGACUACACCGGUCCCAGGAAGACCGACGGUAUCAUCAGCUACAUGGUCAAACAAUCUCUCCCCGCCGUCUCCGACGUAACGUCCUCCAACCUCGAAGAAUUCAAGACCGCCGACAAGAUCGUCGCCAUCGCCUACGUCGCCUCCCCAACCGACGCUCCCGCCUCAGAAUUCAGUGCCGCGGCCGAGAAACACCGCGACGACUACCUGUUCGGUCUCUCCACCGACGCCGACGCCUUCAAAGCCGAGGGCGUCACUCCCCCCGCCAUCGUCCUCUACCGCUCCUUCGACGACCCGAAGACUCCCUACCCAUACCCCAUAAAAUCCACCACCGUCGACGAGCUCUCUUCCUGGCUGCUCGACCUCUCGAUCCCCAUCAUCGACGAAGUCAACGCGGAGAACUACGCGACGUACUCCCAGAGCUCGAAACCCCUCGCGUACGUCUUCCUCGACCCCUCCGUCGCGGAGAGCAAAGAGGAAACGAUCAACUCCAUCAAGCCCAUCGCGGCCGAAUACAAAUCGACUCUAAACUUUGUCUGGAUCGACGCCGUCAAAUUCGGAGACCACGCCAAGGCGCUGAACCUCGUCGAACCCAAGUGGCCGAGCUUCGUCGUGCAGGAUAUCGGGAAACAGCUGAAGUACCCGCUCGAUCAGACGGCGGACCUGAGCGCGGAGGCGGUCAAGGAGCAUGUCGCGGCGUUUGUGGAGGGACGGUUGCAGCCGCAGUUGAAGAGUCAGCCGAUUCCGGAUAGUCAGGAUGAGGCGGUGUUCACGCUCGUGGGCAAGCAGUUCGAUGAGGUCGUGUUCGACGAUUCGAAGGACGUGUUCGUCGAGUUCUACGCCACCUGGUGCGGUCACUGCAAGCGCCUGAAGCCCACCUGGGACUCCCUCGGCGAACGCUUCGAACACGUCCGCGACAGCCUGCUCAUCGCGAAGAUGGAAGCAACAGAAAACGACCUGCCCGCCUCCGUACCGUUCCGCGUCGCAGGGUUCCCGACGAUCAAGUUCAAGCCUGCCGGCUCGCGCGAUUUCAUCGAUUACGACGGGGACAGGUCGCUCGAGAGCUUGAUCGCGUUCGUGGAGGAGAACGCGAAGAACCCGUUGGUGCCGAAGCCGGCGGCGGCGGCGCAGAACGAGACGGUGGAGAGGGAGAUACCGGGGGAGGAGGGUGCGCAGCAUCAUGAUGAGUUGUGA